CUUAGGAGUUAGGGCUUAUAUAGGGUUUUAUCACUCACCAGAGACCAUCGAGGCCUAGUUCAACAAUUUUCGUUCCUUUCCCGCCUAAUUUUUCCCUUACGUUUUCUCUUUUAUGUGCUACAUUCCACUUUCUCAUCCCUGCAAGGGUUUCAAAAUCAGUGCCAGAACUAUCCACAAUGGUAUCUCCAAGGCAACUUCUUUCUAUCAUCGAAUCUUCUGUCCUAACUACGUCGCGACCGUCACCGGCGCAGAGAAUAGAGCUCUUGCAUGCCGUUCGCAGCUCUUUCUCUUCUCUCCAGUCUCUGCUUUUCUAUCCGCCUCCUAAACCAUCAGACCGCGCCCAAGUCCAGUCAAAAGAAGUCAGACUGCCUGAUUCUCCGCCAAUCUCGUUAGACGAUCAGGAUGUACAGAUUGCCUUGCAAUUGAGUGAUGAGCUCCAUCUCAAUGAGAUAGAUUGCGUUCGAUUACUUGUUUCUGCCAAUCAAGAGUGGGGUUUAAUGGGACGAGAGCAAUUAGAAAUUUUUCGCCUUGCAGCAGGACUUUGGUACACUGAGAGAAGGGAUCUUAUAACAGCCCUCCAUAUGCUUUUAAGGGCUGUUGUGCUCGAUCCGCAAGUUGAAGCUGAUUUUAUUUCAGACAUCCAGAAGUGCCUAGAAGAUAUUAUCAAUGCUGGGCUUAGAGAGCGUUUGAUUUCCUUAAUAAAGGAACUCAAUCGAGAAGAACCUGCUGGUCUAGGUGGGCCUCUAUGUGAGCGCUAUCUACUUGACUCUAGAGGUGCUCUUGUUGAGCGACGAGAUGUUGUUUGUAAGGAGAGACAUAUCCUCGGACAUUGCCUUGCCCUCUCUGUUCUGGUUGUGCGGACAAGCCCGAAAGAUGUAAAGGAUGUUCUUUACGCCUUAAAAGAUAGUGCAGCUGAGCUUAUGGAGGUGAAUGGCACGUUAAAACAUCAGAUUUCUUUCAGUCUACUUUUCACUCUUGUCAUUGCUUUCAUAUCAGAUGCUCUGGGUGCACUACCUGAUAAAGCAUCCAUCCUAUCUCGUGAUGCUUCUUUUAGAAAAGAGUUUCAUGAAAUUCUGAUGGCUACUGGAAAUCAUCCUAUCGUGGACGGUUUUAUUGAUGGUGUAAGGCUUGCUUGGUCUGUACAUCUGAUGUUAACAAAUGAUGGGAUUGCUGCGAGGGACACAGUUUCAAUCACUACUUCAAAUGAUUUGGAGUAUCUAAAUUCAUGCUUGGAAAUCAUUUUCUCAAACAAUGUUUUCCAGUUUUUGCUGGAUAAUGUUCUACGAACUGCUGCUUACCAGAAUGAUGAUGAGGAUAUGGUCUACAUGUACAAUGCUUAUCUACACAAGCUGAUCACCUGCUUCCUAUCUCAUCCACUUGCUAGGGACAAGGUAAAAGAUUCAAAAGAGAAGGCAAUGAAUGCGCUUAAUUCAUAUCGUUUGGCUGCCUCACAUGAUUUUAUGCAUGAUGGCAAUUUGCAUUCUCAACAGUCCAUUGAGACUGGCUCUUCACCAUUUAUCUCUCUGUUGGAGUUUGUGAGUGAAAUUUAUCAGAAGGAACCUGAGCUUAUGUCUGGCAAUGAUGCUCUAUGGACAUUUGUGAAUUUUGCCGGAGAAGAUCAUACUAAUUUUCAAACACUCGUGGCUUUCUUGAAAAUGCUGAGCACUUUGGCUUCUAGUCAAGAAGGAGCUGCAAAGGUUUAUGAACUACUCCAGGGCAAAGCUUUCCGCUAUGUUGGUUGGAGCACUUUGUUUGAUUGCUUAACGAUUUAUGAUGAGAAGUUUAAACAAUCUCUUCAGACUGCUGGGGCCAUGUUGCCUGAGUUUCAGGAGGGUGAUGCAAAGGCACUUGUUGCAUAUUUGAGUGUUCUUCAGAAGGUUGUCGAAAAUGGACAUCCCACUGAAAGAAGGAACUGGUUUCCCAACAUUGAACCAUUAUUCAAGCUCCUUAGCUAUGAAAAUGUGCCUCCUUAUUUGAAGGGUGCACUGAGGAAUGCCAUAACAACUUUUGUUCAUGUCUCUCCAGUCUUAAAAGAUACUGUUUGGAGUUUUCUUGAGCAGUAUGAUUUACCAUUAGUGGUUGGUACUCACGUUGGAAACACUGCAAAAUCAAUGGCAGCACAGGUCUAUGAUAUGAGAUAUGAGCUGAAUGAAAUAGAAGCAAGGAUGGAACGGUAUCCCUCAACAAUAUCUUUCCUUAACCUGUUAAAUGCUCUUAUUGCUGAGGAAAAAGAUGCAAGUGAUAGAGGGCGCAGAUUCAUAGGUAUCUUUAGGUUCAUCUAUGAUGAUGUAUUUGGGCCUUUCCCUCAGAGAGCCUAUGCAGAUUCUUGUGAAAAAUGGCAGUUGGUUGUUGCUUGUCUUAAGCAUUUUUACAUGAUGUUAAGCAUGUAUGACAUCCAAGAUGAGGAUAUAGACAGUGUUGUUGAUCCAGCACAGUCACAACCAUCUUCCUUUGAGAUGCAGCUUCCAGCCUUAGAGUUGCUAAAAGAUUUCAUGAGUGGAAAGACUGUUUUCCGUAAUCUUAUGAGCAUUCUUCUGCCUGGGGUCAAUUCAAUCAUAUCUGAACGGACCAGCCAAAUUCAUGGGCACCUUCUAGAAAAGGCUGUGCAACUUUCUUUGGAGAUCAUACUCCUUGUCCUGGAAAAGGAUUUACUUGUUUCUGAUUACUGGCGUCCUCUAUACCAGCCCUUGGAUGUUAUUCUCUCUCAAGAUCAUAAUCAAAUUGUGGCAUUGUUGGAGUAUGUCAGAUAUGAUUUUCUGCCACAAAUUCAGCAGUGCUCUAUCAAAAUCAUGUCUAUCCUGAGUUCCCGCAUGGUUGGGCUUGUACAGCUACUGUUAAAAUCGAAUGCUGCAAGCUGUUUGGUUGGCGACUAUGCAGCCUGCCUUGAGUUGCAUGCAGAGGAGUGUCAGAUUAUAGAGAACAGUGCUAAUGAUCCAGGGGUUCUGAUAAUGCAGCUUCUAAUAGACAAUCUUAGUAGGCCAGCUCCAAAUAUUACACAUUUACUGCUUAAAUUUGAUCUUGACACUCCAAUUGAACGAACAGUUCUACAGCCAAAAUUUCACUACAGCUGCUUGAAAGUUAUUCUUGAAAUCUUGGAGAAACUUUUAAAGCCAGAUAUAAAUGCUUUACUCCAUGAAUUUGGUUUCCAGCUCCUUUACGAGUUGUGUUUGGAUCCUCUAACAUGUGGCCCUACCAUGGACUUGUUAAGCAGUAAAAAGUACCAAUUCUUUGUAAAGCAUCUAGAAACUAUUGGUGUUGCUCCACUUCCUAAACGAAAUAGCAAUCAGCCACUUCGCAUCAGUUCCCUUCACCAGAGAGCAUGGCUUCUAAAGCUUUUAGCUGUAGAGUUGCAUUCAGGUGAUAUGGGUAGCCCCAGUCAUAGAGAAGCAUGUCAGAGUAUACUUGCUCAUCUUUUUGGAAGGGAAAUUACUGAAAUUGGGUCAGAUCGUAUAGUUUCUGAUUCCUUCACUCUUCGAAAUGGCACUGAGCUUGCUGGAAUCCAGGCAAUUAGCAAGAGUAAGGUGUUAGAGUUGCUUGAGGUAGUCCAAUUCAGAUAUCCAGAUACUAGUAUGAAGCUUUCUCAGAUAGUCUCUAGUAUGAAGUAUGACUUGCUGGCAGAGGACAUUCUUGGAGAUCCAAAAGCUUCUGGAAAAGGUGGUAUCUAUUAUUAUUCAGAACGUGGUGAUCGUCUGAUUGACCUAGCAUCUUUCCAUGACAAACUUUGGCAGAAAUUCAACUCAGUGUAUCCCCAAUUGAGUAACUUUGGCAGUGAAGCUGAGCUCAAUGAUGUAAGAGAGACAAUUCAACAGUUAUUAAGAUGGGGAUGGAAGUAUAACAAAAACCUUGAGGAACAAGCUGCACAACUCCAUAUGUUAAAUGGCUGGUCACAGAUUGUUGAGGUCUCUGCAUCAAGAAGGAUUUCCUCACUGGAAAAUCGAUCUGAAAUUUUAUAUCAGGUUCUUGAUGCUUCUCUGAGUGCUUCUGCUUCUCCAGACUGUUCAUUGAAGAUGGCAUUCAUAUUGAGUCAGGUUGCUCUCACAUGCAUGGCUAAACUACGUGAUGAAAGGUUUCUAUGCCCUGCUGGUCUAAAUCCUGAUAGCAUCACAUGUCUUGAUAUUAUCAUGGUGAAACAAUUAUCAAAUGGUGCUUGUCACUCCAUAUUGUUUAAGCUUCUAAUGGCCAUUCUGAGAAACGAAUCAUCAGAGACCUUGAGGAGACGCCAAUAUGCCUUAUUGCUUAGCUAUUUUCAGUAUUGUCAGCAUACACUUGAUCCAGAUGUUCCAACAACUGUUAUGCAAUUCUUAUUGCUUACUGAGCAGGACAGUGAAGAUCUGGACCUCCAUAAGAUUAACAGAGAACAGGCAGAACUAGCUCGUGCCAAUUUUUCCAUAUUAAGAAAAGAAGCUCAGACCUUCUUAGAUCUGGUAAUAAAGGAUGCAACCCAAGGUGGUGAACCUGGGAAGACAAUAGCACUCUAUGUUUUGGAUUCAUUGAUUUGUAUUGAUCAUGAGAGAUUUUUCUUAAGCCAACUUCAGAGUAGGGGAUUUUUGCGGUCUUGCUUGAUGAGCAUUAGCAGUGUUUCCCAUCAGGAUGUUGGGCAUUCGUUAGACUCAUUGCAGCGAGCAUGCACUGUCGAGGCUGAACUUGCAUUAUUAUUGAGAAUCAGCCACAAGUAUGGAAAAUCUGGUGCCCAAGUCUUAUUCUCUAUGGGUGCUUUGGAGCAUCUUGCUUCAUGUAGGGCAGCCAAUUUUCAGGGAAGUUUGAGACGGCUUGACCCAAAGCUUCGGCGAGAUGUGGCUGUUGAUAUUGACAAGCAACGAAUGAUCAUAAGUCCAAUGCUAAGAUUGGUGUUCUCGUUGACAUCAUUGGUUGAUUUAUCUGAUAUUUUUGAGGUCAAGAAUAAGAUUGUUCGUGAAGUUAUGGAUUUUGUGAAAGCAAAUCAAUUGUUAUUUGAUCAAAUUCUUCGGGAAGAUAUUUCUGAAGCUGAUGAAUUGAUAAUGGAGCAGAUCAAUCUUGUUGUUGGUAUACUUAGCAAGGUGUGGCCUUACGAGGAGAGUGAUGAGUUUGGUUUUGUUCAAGGGCUUUUUAGCAUGAUGCAUACUAUUUUCUCUUUUGAGUUAGAGACACCUACUUUAGGUAGAUCAGUGCAAUCAUCCGAGAGUAAGAGGAAGUUGGAACUGAACUCAUUUCGGUUGUGCUUCAGUUUGAGCUCUUAUCUGUAUUUUCUGGUCACAAAGAAAUCUCUAAGACUCCAGGUUCUGGACCAUCGUAUUGAUUACCAUUCUUCUACUCAGCUGCAGCAACCCACAUUGAAUUUACUUGGUUCUCUUCUUAGUUCUGUGACAACUUCUCUUGAAAGAGCAGCAGAGGAAAAAUCAGUACUACUUAAUAAGAUUCGAGAUAUAAAUGAGCUAUCAAGGCAGGAGGUAGAUGAAAUUAUCAACAUGUGUGUCCGGAGAGAAGGUGUACCAUCAUCUGAAGACAUACAGAAAAGGCGAUAUAUUGCAAUGGUGGAAAUGUGCCAGGUAGCUGGCAACAGAGAGCAGCUAAUUACCAUGUUACUUCCACUAGCAGAACAAGUGCUAAAUGUUAUUCUCAUCCAUUUUCAAGACAGCUCUGUGACAUCUGACACUGAUGGAGCUUUGAAAACAAUUACAUAUGGUGCAAAAUCCGACUCAGAACAAGACACUUCUUUGUUGUGUGGAAAAUUGGUUCCAUCUUUAGAACGACUUGAGCUAAUAAGUGAGGAUAAAGUUGGCCGUCCACUUAAAGUGUUUCGUAGAUUGGUGACAUCACUCAAAGAAUUGGCGAUUCAGAGGCUCUCCUUGUGAGAUUCUCUUAGGCUGGGAUUAAUGAGCAUAAUUAUCAUUUUUUAACUCUGUAAAUUUUAGGUGGUCGUACUCCGAGAGUAUCAAUGUUGUCCAGAAACCAUGUCAGCUUUGGGCAUGGCUGUUGUAAAAUGAACAAUAAUUAUUUGUUGAAAAUUUUGCUUUCCUUAAUCUGUGCUCAAAAUUUUCGCCUUA